AUGUCACAAUUGCUUUCAACACAAUAUUAUGAGAGUUUAGAAUUCUUCAAAAAUAAAUUUGUAGGUCCUGAGAAAACCAUGGAAGAAGCAAAACAUGUAAUGGAUGAUAUGGCCGUGCCAAUUCCUGAUAAUAUUAUCGUGAAUGAGAUUAAAUUGGAUAAAAGAUAUAGGAUCAAAAGCAAGGAAUAUUUAGAGAAUGGCUUGAAAAAGUACGAGGACGUUGUGGAUGAGAAGUGGAAAAAUUUGGAUGAUGGAGGGUUAUGCGGAGAGUGGAUUAGAGUUAAGGAUGAAGGGGAAAAGAGUGAUGGAAGUAAUCUUGGAAAAAUUAAGGUUACAGGAAGG